AUGGCGAACCCCCCCAACAAAGACACUCAGAAUAAUGCCGGGUUUGAGCGAAGGGAAGACAUCUCUCCCGUCGAGCAACAAACCGACACCUCCGCAACUCCCGCACUGGCUAGCGACCACUUACCUCGAGACGAGCCGCAAGAUCACGAUAGCACUGCCGUUGAUGACAACGUAGGCGAUAGUGCUAACCACGAAGCUCCACGGAAUGCGCAAGAACACACUAUCUCCCGUCGAGACGUCAAGGACUGGAUAGCUCUGGCAAAAGCCGGUGUGGACAUCAAGCAGUACCAUGACUUCUUGAAAUCCAAGGUGGCGGAUGGUGGCUGGAUAUAUCAGAUUGGACCUGAUGACAAGAUACUUGGAUACGGGAAUGUGACCCUGACUGAAGAGGCAAGACUUGAGGUGGAGAAUCACGAAGAUACAUUCGGUAUGUUGGAGGACCUUCCCAUACGAUCUCUACGGGCUUUACCAUCCGAUUUUUCGUCUUCCGUAAUGCGCGAAGGACGCGAAGUCGUCGAGCGAAGAGAAAAGCUUGUGCCGAGAGAUUUGAAGUGGAUGAUCCAGGAUACCGCAGACGAAGCCCUUGUGGUGGACAGUCAAUAUGAAGGCAUGGACAUAAGUACACAUGUCGAUUUUGUGUACCCCGAGCAUCCAGGCGAGGAUGUAUUCGUCUAUUUGAUCGACUUGGGCAUUCAGAUCAAGGUUAUCAACAAGGAUGAAGACCGAGAAUUUAAGACAGACAACGACCGCGUUCUCCAGUCCAGCUCAUCUAUUGCAGCGGGUCAAAGUCCAGAAACAGAUGACAAUGUUGAAAAGCCAUCACACGGGACUCGAGUUGCUUCGAAAGCUGUUGGCAAGAAAUAUGGACUCGCGAAAGAGGCGUCCUUGGUUUCAACAAAGCUCUAUCCAAAGACCGGCGACUGGGAGAACGGCAUGUGGCUGAUCCUGAGAGACAUCAAAGCCCACGAAGGACGAGCUUCUCGAAGUGUCGUGAUCACGUCUUUGGCCAUCGGCCAAGGCGGAAUCACACCCGAGGCAGCUAAGAAUGACGAGAGGAUGCAGCUACUCUACGGAAACGAUCUGCGCGAGCUUUCCAAACUUGGUGUACCUUUUGUGAUGGCCGCAGGUAACGAUGCCGAGAAACCGAAUCGUGGAGAUGUUGAUCAGAUUCCAAUGGUUCUCCAAGAUGAUGAUAUUCCCCUGAUCAUCGUCGGAGCUUCAGACUGGGAGGGCAAGCGAGCCGCUUUCUCACAAGGUGGUCCACUCGUCACAAUCUAUGCGCCGGGCGUCGACAUCGAAUGCCAGAACAAGGCGGACGAGAUACAGGCAACUGCAAGUGGCACCUCGCUAGCAGGUCUCAUAGCCACAUACUUGUCCUAUUCAAAUAAGCCUUGGGACGAUACUAAGACUGGUGUGGAGCGCGUCAAAGCUAUCCGAGACUAUGUGACCAGUGACAAAUCGAGUUGGGAACGGGCUCCUGGCAGCGGUAUCCGUGUAAUCUGGAACGGGGCAGAUGAGGCCGCCCAUGGGCACGACGACGACGACGACGACGACGAAAGCCCGAACGACUCUGAUCCACCUCCAUCGAGCCCUCCACCUCCGUCCAAACCAUCUCGCAAUAAUAAAGCACUUUCAAUCAUCUUUCAAAGGUAUUUUGAUGGGGUUUGGACCGACAACUCCUGGUUGUUCUUCAAGAGCGAUUACGGCAAGUCUUCCGUAUGUCGCGAUGAUAAGCAAGCUAUGAUGAAGGAAGAACCAGUAGGAGACGAUUACGACAUGGUCAAGAACCCUCCCUGGCCUGGAGGUACGUACGAGAUGAACGACCUCAUCGACGGCGUCGAAUGCGACUAUCUGAACGAUGGAACCAAUCCUGGAUCUCUUUGGUGUCAAGAUUGGGAUGCGCCAUCUCCGAAGGACUCCGAAGGCCCUUUGCCUAAGGACCUAGAGAUCAAGUGCAAAGAGGAGGAGGCGAGAUGGAAGAGCGAGGCUGAGAGUUGUUCGCUUGGUCCGGAAUUAAACAUGGACCAUCAUGCAGUUGUUACGUGCGACUGGUAG